AUGGGCUUCGUUGAUCGAUGGGAUACAACCCAGGCCCUUAUCUCCACUCGAUUAUCCAAACCCGUCCGACCCUUCCUCGCACUCCAUUUGAUCUCCAGCUCCACCAUAUUUAUCCUCUCCAUCCUCUCCAUCGAGACCAAUGCCUCCACCUCCCACUUUUUGCGCCACCUCAUUGACAGCGCCGACCUAUCGUCCGUCAUCUUUGUCGACAAACGGGGUAACAUUGGAGACUGGCGAAUCGCCCCUGCACGGGUAGUGAACAUCACCGAUGUACAGGAGGAUGGUAGCAGCAACAGCCUUGUGUGUAACGACCAAGGAACAAAGUGCAAGGUCGUGGAGGGAAAGACAAAGAAGGUGGCAUCCAAACAGAAAGCAGAGGCAGAAUCAGAGUCGGAAGAUUCUGACUCUGAUUCUGGGUCAUCUUCCGACUCUGACUUUGGGUCUGACUCUGGUUUUGAAACAGAGUUUGGCAACUCGACCAGCACGGGCACGGCCAACGAGAGCCAAUCUACGAGUACCAUCACCACUGUCUCGACCCUCCAGGGCAAUGCCAUCACAACUCGGCUGUUGGCUGUGCCAACCGUCGUGACGUCCAGCGGCCAGGUGGUGACCACCUCAAUCCUCAUGCACGAGGCAGACGCUACCCUUGCAGAUAUCGAGAGUUCGUCUUUGUCCACGGGCAAUGUGCCCACUUCGACCAGUGUCGCUUCAUCAGCUGUGACUGUGCGGACCUCUAGCUCUUUGACUGCGUCUUCCACAUCUACAACCGCCCUCAGCACAUCCGCCUCCCUAGUCGCAACAUCUACCACGAGCGCGAGCCAGGUAGUUUCCUCCGUCGCCACCUCUUCGUCUUCGGUGACCAGCAAUGCUUCGUCUUUGGCGUCAGCAUCCCCUUCUGCGCAAGAAACAACAGAGUCAGCGUCAUCCGCAUCUUCCGCAUGGGGCGAAUCAUCGCCGUCUUCUGGUGAUGAAGUUCAGGCUGGCCGACGAAACGCUUUAUCGAGGCAUCCUCCCCCUCCCAAGUUUUACAGAAGACGAAGGGUUGAAAAGAAAAACAAAUCAAAUGGCGAAGACUCGUCCGACGAUGAACAGACUGAUAGCAUCCCGUCAAGACGCGAUAGCGCUAAGCACCGAUCUCACAAGCGUCUAUUCUUUGCAGGCGCCAGAUUGGAGAUUUUCAACACUACGGGUUCUACAGCUAGCAUCGCCGACUUUAUCGCUACCACAGCCACAAGUUCCGAAGCGUCUGCUGUUACCACCGCUACCACGUCCGCCGACUCUGACUCUGAUUCGGGGGUCGAUUCAAUAGUUCUACCCAAAGGCAUGACUGUUGCUCAACUCAAUAAACUUCUCGAAGAAGAACCGGACCAGUUUGAGGGCAUCAUCACGAGCCCCAAAAGGCUUACUGCUUCGGUUCCCAUCAAGAGCUCUUUGGACGGUGUCAAGCCUGUCCAGGGCGAAGACGGGACGAUUAUCGGGGCCAACAUAACAGGCAUAACAGGGGUUGGUGGAGGUGUUGACACUUUUGUUUCUCAACAAUGUGCUGCUGGAUUCGCUUGGUCAGUCAACUCAUUGGACAACUUUGUCAGAGAAGAAAUCGUGCUGGCAUGUUUCUUCAUGUGGGUUUUAGGCCUCGCCGUCGUAGCCGUGUUGAACGAGUCCAUACCUCACCUUAUGGCCCUGCUGUUCUCUCUCGUCCUCACCAUCGCCUGGUCAGCCAACGACCUUCGUCUCUCGUUUGCAUUUUGGAGAAAGUUCUCAGAGAUGGUUCAAAACAACUGUGGAGACGAUUCUUCAUUUUUUCCCGAUUACCUCGCAAAGAGAGGGCAUCAACGUACUGACGCUAGGGCUGAGCGGCUGGGGGUGCUGGAAACUGAGAGACAGCUUCGGACAUUCCAGAGGAUUGGGGCUUCGUCUACCAUGAACAAGAUGUACAAGCUUGUUCUUGGACUUUCCAUCAUUCUGCAACUGGAUGCUUUUGUGCUGGUCACCUUCUUUGCUCUCUACCUUGAUCAAAUUACUCGGGGCCAAGCGAGCUACUUUAUGAGCAAUUGUAAAGCAUUCCAGGCUCUGUACUCUAUCCUGGUUAUCAUGCUUUUCCCAUGGCUCUACUUUGGCUGGAAGUCUAUCAGGACCGAGAGCCGUAUACAGUUCAUGGUGUUCAUCGGUCUCUCUGUUUUCUUUCUUGCCGGGUGGGCGAUUUCAUUCGCCAGUCCUACCUUCCGUACCACCUUUACACACUGGUCUUUUUUCAAAGCUCUGGGUAUCCUUGCCUUGAUUUUGACUGUUGCGAGUCUCGUGCUCGCUGUCCUGCGACGAAUGACUUUUGGACGCGGGCUGAGUGAGUAUUUGGAGAUCGGAGAUGAUGUGGGCAAGUGGACGUCUCUCGGAGGCGGGGGCGGGGGACUAGGGGAAAAGGAGACGGAAGUGAGAGUGGAGGAUGUCAGGAGCGAGGGAAGGAAAGAGGCACUGCCUACCUUUUCAACGAUCUUUGGGCCGGGCCCGGUGCCACCACCGCGAAGAAUGUUUUCCAAUACUCAAGGUGUUCAGGCCAUACGCCAGUGGCAGACAGAAUCCAACAGGGCUUCUUCGGCGCCUUCAUGGGCGGCUGGCGAUGACCAGCGACGAGACCUCUGA